AUGUCUGCUGAUACAAGUUGGUCCCUUUCCAUCGGCCUCCGCAAACAAAACUUUCCACGCACGAUCUACGAAGCAGCGCCGAAAUUCGAUGCGGUCGGCGCAGGAAUUGGUCCCGGUCCCAAUGCACUCGAAGCCAUGGAACCCAUGGACCCGACGCCCGCGAAGAUGUAUAAUGAGAUUAAGGUGGUAAUACGAGUCCGGAGAGGCAGCAUGAACGGAUUGAGAUUCUGGGGACGGAGGAAGGUUUCGAGGCAUUGCGCCGGUGGAGAAGGCGAGGAAAAUUAUGGGAUCCUAUGCAGAGGGCGCGCGGUGGUGGAUGAUGGAAGAGAAAAGAGGGCGAUGUAUCCUAUUUUGCAAGGAAGGGAGGCAAGUAUCAUUGCUUCCAUGGUGGGUAGGAGACAUUGGGUUGGGGAGCAAGCUGCAAGAGAAGUACCAAGAAAGGAAAUGCUUGCUGAGUUUGUUGGACAUCACAAGAGAUUGCAAAAGUUAUUAGAUUGGGUGAGGCCUGGGAAGUGGCCGUUAUUUUAUCAUCCAGAUAUACCAGCAUACAUCAAUGGUAGGAUUGUGCUGCCGGCAGACAGUGCACAUGCUUCAAGUCCAAGUCAGGCGACUGAUGCUGGACAAAUGUUGGAGGACGCGCUGGUUCUUUCGAGACUACUCGGCCUCGUUGGGAGCGCGGAUCAAUUAGAAGCUGCUUUCUAG